AUGACGAGUAAAAGUUCUAAUGUGUUUGCUAUUCAUGAACACCCUCUUUUCAAAAUUAAUUCAGUUUAUAAUUACAUUCGAUCAAGUGAUGUAAUCUUAACCUGUGGCGUCUGCAAAGAAAGAAUUCUCGAGAAUACUACUCUCUACAUCUGUGAUGAGUACUGCGACUUUUCGGUCCAUAUUAACUGCGCAGAAAUAAUUCCGGAUACUUCUGAAAUAGCUACUGAGGGUGGCGACAAGCUAAUCCACGAACAUCCAAUGCAAUUCUUAAUGAAUAUUCCUCAGAACAGAUCAUUUCCAUGCAGCGAAUGCGGAGGAUCUUGCAAAGAUAAGGUCUAUGGUUGCAUGCGAUGUUGUUACUUUAUACAUCCAGGCUGUCGUCCAGUCCAGACGGGGGGAGCAGUCCAACAUGAUGGCUGGUGUCAUCCCUGUGAUCUCAUCGGAUAUAUGGUUCACAUGCGGAAAAAGAAGAAUGAUCAGACAACAAUAUUGGUUUCCUGUAAUGUUUGUGGCCGGCGUGGUGAGAGGGGCAGUGUCAUCUUUCACUGUAACAAGUGUAAUUUCAACAUUCAUUCUGAAUGCAUUAAUAUUAGCCCGGCUACGCCUAGCAAUAUUAAAGUGGUUCCGGAUUCUACAGAAUAUUUUAGCCACGAGCAUCCGUUGAUACUCUACAAUAUUAACAUACCUACAAAUCAUCGAGUUGAAUGUCGUAUAUGUGGAAAAUACUGCUCCAAUAGUGUCUACGGUUGCUUACCAUGUGCCUUCUUUCUCCAUCCAUCAUGUGCUGAGUUGAAAUUGCCUCAAAAGAUCUACCAUCCCUUUCAUUUGUAUCACCCUCUCUUCCUUCUUGAGCAGACAGGUUCUCCUGCAAAAUGCAAUGCCUGUCGGAAGGAUACUCGUGCCAUCGCCUACAUUUGUCAGCAUGACAAUUGUAGUUUCUUCUUGGACAUUAUUUGUGGCAAAGUGAGACUGCCUGCCAUAAAGUACGAGGCCCACAGUCACCUUCUACAUUUUAGGGAGAGAACGGAUGAUCAACUUAAGUGCAAUGCUUGCGAUAAAACCUGUGAAUCAUCUAUCUUCAGCUGUCUCUACUGUGAUUGGAAUCUCCAUUAUACUUGUGGUCCAUUACCAAGUAGCAUUACCUAUAAAUUUCACGAAGAUUCUCUCGUUCUUACGAAUGCUCUUGCUGAACAUGAAGAUGAGAUGGACGAUGAAUUUUAUUGUGAUGUCUGUGAGAAACAGAGAGACCCACUAUUGCCCAGUUAUCAAUGUACAGAUCAUUGCAAUGUUGUUGCUGAAAUUGGGUGCGUCAUAUCUGAGGUAAUAUCACUGCUAAAGGGAGAUCGUGGAGAUCAUUUAGAGUUAAGGGAUCCUUUUGGGCAGCUUGGAAAGUUGAUUAUGCCGCCCAAAAACACAAUAGAAGAUCAGAUGAUGCAAAACAAAGAAGAACAAAGUGAGCCAACUUUAAGGUUGUCUGAAAUUUUAAAAUCCUUGAAUGAAGAUGAGAAAAAAGAAUUGAGAAAGGUUUUAGAGGCUAGAAAGAUUAGAGAAACAUUUAGUGCUGAAGAGAGAUUCUUUAAUGACCCUGAGAAAGAUAAUGUUCUAAGGUUUUCUGACAAGGAUUACACACAAUUUAUAAAGUUUCUUGAUCGGGGCACAGAUAUUUCUAUAGAAUUAAGGGACGGAGGAGCAAAGGUUAUUUUUAGGAGUUUGGAUCAAAAGCUUCCCUAUGUUUACUUUGCUCUUGAAGAGGAGGUUGUUAAUGUUGGAGAUCACUACAAGGCUGGUCGGACGUUUGCUCAUAUCCUGAGGCAAUUGCUUUCCAAACACGGUGAUAUUAGCGCUACAUCCACACUAAGUCCAAAUGUAAAAGUAUUUUUUCUUAACAUGUUAUGUGGUUGCAUAUACAGCAUGAGAAACACCAAGGUUGUGGAUAUCACCACAGAUUUGCUUCUCAUCUGGUGGACAAUCUUGCGAACUUGCCAAGUUGCAGCAUUUGAAGUUCAAUCUGUCUUUGAUCAUCUAAAGAGAGUUGCACAUGCUUUCUUUGGUCUUUAUGUUGGAAAACAAGCAGCCAAAGUUGAGAGAGAUAUUGCAAAGCUUAACAGAGAUAUUGCAAAGCUUAACAGAGAUCUUGAGGAACUACAACGGAAUCAUGAUUUGAUAGCCUCUUCUAGAAAACCAGACUCAGUCAAGGAAUGCUUGAGGGAGGCUUCUGUCUUGAAGCAAGGUAAAGCUAUUACUGAACGAUUAUGGGAGUUGAUCUAGGCCGGUGUGAAAAUUAUUCUGUAAUCUAUAUUACCAUUCUUGUGUAUUUUUUUUUUUUAUAUUAUAUAUUCUUCACUGCAUCCAUCGUGAAUAUGUGUAACACCCGUUCCCUCUAGGGUUAUGAAUAAAGCCAAUUUUAGAAAUAUCA